AAGAAGGCCCGACGUCAUCAGAAGUCUCAAUAUGGAGGACAGUGGACGGUAGUAAUGAGAAUUUUUCUGUGUUUUUCACUUAAAACAUGCCUAGAAGACGAAAUGGAGAGUUACCAUUACCUUCUGGAUGGGAGAUUGGACAUGACUAUGACGGAAAGAUAUAUUUCAUCGACCACAACAGCAAGAAAACCACAUGGAUUGACCCAAGAGACAGCUACACCAAAGCCCAGACAUUUGCAGACUGCGUAGGCCAUGAACUUCCAUAUGGAUGGGAAGAAUGCUACGAUGGCCAGAUUGGCAUUUACUACAUCGAUCAUAUUAAUAAGCGAAACCAAAUUGAGGACCCCAGACUAGCAUGGCGGCAGGUCCAAGAAGCCAUGCUGAUAGAGUAUCUCAGCUCAGCCCGCAACGACCUGAGCGCGAAACAAGACAUAAUGCAAGUCAAGGCACAGCGACUUGCAUUAGCUCAGGAUGAAUAUCAACACCUCAACACCACUCUCACCAACCUGUUCAGCUCAAGAUCCUCAUUAAGUUCAAGUGGGAGUGGUGCUGGCAGGUGUGACCCAGAUUUGCUCAAGGCCGAUGUAGCGAUGGCCAGAAACCGGGUUGGUCGCCUGAAGAGGGAACUUCACCAGAUCAAACAUGAAGUAGCAAACACAGAGGCUGGCAUGCAGACACUGGCACAAGUUCAAGAGAAACUAAGUGGCCUAACAACGGGAUACAGUGUCGAACAAGCGCAAGUUAUUGUUGCUGAGUUAAAGAACAUAGAAGAGUCGUUACGGGCUGGAGAGAAAGAGAAAGCCGAGCUAAUUAAAUCCCUAAAUGUUUUACGAGAAGACAUUAUCUCGGCGGAAACAACUCAGGCAAUACAAGCUAAUAUGGAGGCAGCAGCGGCAGAGAAGCAUAGCACAGGCUCACAGACUGAUUUCUGUGGAGAGGGUAUGCCUCUAGGGGCAAGAUUAGCUGAGUUAACAAGACUGAAGUUAGAAUAUGACUCAGCAAAGAGUACACUGAAGGGGUUGCAGCAUGAUCUGGCAGGCCUAGAAGAAAGGUUAUCACCGGAAGACUUGCAGGGAGAUCGAGAUCGUGUAGUUUUGAUACAGGAGAAGGAACAGUUGCUCCGUGAACUAAGAAGCGUUAGGUCGUACACACGUGAUCCUUUGCAGGCUUGUGAGCUAGAUGAAAAGAUCAUUCAACUGGAAUGUGAUUUAGCAAAGGCUUUAGAAGUCAGUAACAAAACAGUAGCAGAACGACUGUCCUUGCAAGAGAAGCGGCAGGACCUCCUUUGCCGGUUGCGUGAUACUGUCCGUGUCAUGGUGGGUCUUGAAGGACAGCUACGCUCUUUAUCUGCCUCAACCUUGUCAGUGUCAUCAUCGUCAUCAUUAGGAUCCUUGUCCACAUCCAGUAAAGGUUCUCUCUCCAGCCUCUCAUUUACGGACAUCUAUGGGGGUCAGCAAUACUCAUCUAGUGAACAUGUUGCUCUUAAUAUGCCGGAACUGCAAAAACGUGUUGAAAGACUGUUGAAAUCUAAUUCAGAGGCUGAUCGACAGUAUGCUGAAAAACUGAGGUCUUUGGAGGAGAGCAGUGGGAACUCUGCUGUAUUAUCUCAAUCCAUGCUCUCCCUUUCUCCAAGGAGCUCCUUAUCAUCUCUGUCCCCACCUACCUCUGCUUAUGAUGCUACGUCAGGUCUGGAUCCUCUGGCUCCCACAAGAUUCAAUCCAGGAGAGGGAGGAAGUGGUCCCCUGGCCAAUGUAGACCUCGGCACAGUGCACGACCGGCUAGCAGAACUCUGUCUGACUCCCACUACUGCGGAGAGUGGGACCUUUAACCCAACAACCCCACUGUUAGCAAAGGUGGCUGGAAAACAAUUGGACACAACUUCUGUAGGAAAUAAGCAAGUGAAAGAAUUAUCUGAAUACGAAUUCACAGAAACAAAUACUAGUGUUAGUGGUGGGUUACUGGGACGAGUUACAGGUGAUAGUGAUGUGCUAUAUGAAAUGGGUGAAGAAGAGGAAGGUGGUGUUGUGGGGGUUGAGGAUAAUAAUGCUCGGACAAUGUCAGCGGCAGUGAGUGAUGAGUCUGUAGCAGGAGAUUCAGGAGUAUACGAGGCUUAUCCCAAAGGCUCAGCAUCACCACCAGACACUCCACAGGUGCAGAUUAAACUUAGGUACAGCAGACAGGAAAGCCAACUCAAUGUGGGUGUCGAGAGAGCACGAAACUUGUCACUUCUGAACACAGAAGAAGGGUGCAAAGUAUGUGUCAAGGUGCAGCUGUUCCCAGCAGGUACUGCAACUUUCACCUGCUGUACACAUUUAGAUAGUAAUACUGAGAGGCCAACCUUUGGUGAAUCCUUUGCAUUUCCUGUUGCUCCUCGCAAGCUUCCUUCCAAGACUCUGCAAGUGAAUGUGUGGGCUGUUAGUGAUACAAAUGACACCUUUGAUGAAGAGUGUGUGGGGUAUGCUCAAAUAAGCUUAGCCGACUUCUCCUUAGAUACUCCACAAACUCGCUGGUAUAAUAUUUUGAACUUUGCCUUGUUGAGACCAGACCACUUGACUCGAGAUGACCUCUCGUCAAAAUCUUCGACUCUUCGCUCUUCUGUGUCUACAUCAAAUGUUAAGGAGGAGAGCAGUGAUGAGUCAACAAUCAUCUCCUCCCAGACCUCCACCCUGACUCGCAACCUGGGACCAGAGUCACUCCGGUUGAACUUCCACCUUCCCUCCGAGGACUUUGAGAAUGCAAUUGAUUCC